GCUGCAAGCAUGUGAAAGGCAUUCUCUUGUACGGACCUCCAGGCUGUGGUAAAACCCUUAUGGCGAGACAGAUUGGCAAGAUGCUGAAUGCCAGAGAGCCAAAGGUGGUCAAUGGCCCAGAAAUCCUCAAUAAAUAUGUGGGCGAAUCUGAGGCCAACAUCCGCAAGCUGUUUGCUGAUGCAGAAGAAGAACAAAGGAGGCUUGGCGCGAACAGCGGUGUGCAUAUCAUCAUUUUUGAUGAGAUUGAUGCAAUCUGCAAGCAGAGAGGAAGCAUGGCGGGUAGCACUGGAGUCCACGAUACUGUUGUAAACCAGUUACUGUCUAAAAUUGAUGGAGUAGAGCAGCUCAAUAACAUCCUAGUGAUUGGAAUGACCAACAGACCUGACCUGAUUGAUGAGGCUCUGCUGAGACCAGGGAGACUGGAGGUGAAAAUGGAGAUUGGCCUGCCGGACGAGAAGGGUCGAUUUCAGAUUCUUCAUAUCCACACAGUACGGAUGCGGGAACACCAGCUGCUGGCUGAAGACGUGGACAUUACAGAGCUGGCAGUUGAGACUAAAAACUUCAGUGGUGCUGAACUGGAAGGUUUAGUUCGAGCUGCUCAGUCUACUGCUAUGAACAGACACAUAAAGGCCAGCAACAAAGUGGAAGUAGAUAUGGAGAAGGCAGAGAGCUUGCGUGUGACAAGAGGAGACUUCUUUGCAUCUUUGGAGAAUGAUAUCAAACCUGCGUUUGGAACCAACCAGGAAGACUAUGCAAGCUACAUCAUGAAUGGUAUUAUUAAGUGGGGUGAUCCAGUAACAAGGGUAUUGGAUGAUGGGGAGCUGCUUGUUCAACAAACUAAGAACAGUGACCGUACUCCUCUGGUUAGCGUCCUUCUAGAAGGUCCCCCCCACAGUGGGAAGACUGCAUUAGCAGCAAAAAUAGCAGAGGAGUCCAACUUCCCCUUUAUCAAGAUCUGUUCUCCUGAUAAGAUGAUUGGAUUUUCUGAAACGGCCAAGUGUCAAGCAAUGAAGAAAAUCUUUGAUGAUGCAUACAAGUCCCAGCUCAGCUGUGUUGUCGUGGACGACAUUGAGAGACUUCUGGAUUAUGUCCCAAUUGGACCGCGGUUCUCUAAUCUGGUGUUGCAAGCCCUUCUGGUACUGCUGAAGAAGGCCCCCCCUCAGGGUCGCAAGCUUCUAAUCAUUGGAACCACCAGUCGCAAAGAUGUCCUGCAGGAGAUGGAAAUGCUGAAUGCUUUCAGCACUACGAUUCACGUGCCCAACAUUGCGACAGGGGACCAGCUGAUGGAGGCUUUGGAG